AAUUUUCUCCACACCAACAUGAAGUUCUUGGUGGUCGUGCUGGUGGCGUGUGUGGCGGUAGUGUCCUGCCAGCAGGAGCUGCAGCGCGAGAAGCGUGGGUACCUCGGCCUGGGGGCCGGACUGCUGGCCGCCCCCGCCGUCGCCGCCCCCGCUGUGGUCGCCGCCCCCGCAGUCGCCGCCGUCGCUGCCCCCGCAGUUGUCGCCGGACCCGCCAUCGGCUACGGAUAUGGCUACCUCGGCGGUGUCCACGGAAGGCUGGUCCACGGCUGAUGCGCCUUCCU